GACGCAAAACGUCGGAAUCUACGGCGCGCCACUUGUGACCAAGCUCAUCACAAGCGGAGGCGGACGGCUCCCCCCGCGCGGUUCUACGCCAAAUGAUCUACAAGGGAUGAUAUCAAUGUAAUAUCAAUGUCAAGAAUGGAUGAGGAGGAAGAUAAGAAGAGAGAUGAAGCUGAUGAGAGCUUGCUAGCUGACUUGACAGAAGAAUCACAGAGAAAUACGUCAGGAGAAAAUGCUGAAUGUGACUCUUCAUCUCAGCAGAAAACAAGGCUUAUAUCAGAUGAAAUGUUUAGGGACCUUGAAAAAAAAAGAAAGGAGAACGGCACAAACAAAAGGGCAUUGUCAGGAUCACCAAAUCUGGAUGUUGUUGUAGCAGACAAACCUGAUAAUGUCUCCAGAAAAAGAAAGCGAAGUUCUUCAGAAGACAGAAAAGGCAGUGAAAGGAAAUUGCACCAAAUUGCAUCUGAAGAAGAAGGCAGCAUCGUAGCUGGAGCUACAGAGAAGGAAAGUGUUGCCAGUGAUGACAUAUUUAAUUCAAAUUUCCUGUGCCUACAUUGUGAUUUCAAAUGUGCUGAUGGUGCCAUAUUGAAAAUUCACAAGGAAAAUGAACAUUCACAAGAGGUGUCAGCUACUGUUCCUGCUAAGGUGUCAUCUUCAGAAGAAAUCAGUGUUGGCUGUGUGGCUGGAAACAUAGACAAAGGUCUUAAAGGCAAAACCAGUGACCAGUGUUUACCUUCCUGCUCUGAUAUGGAAAAACAUAAACAAGAAGGCCCCUCUGAACAAUCCAAAGAGCAAACAUGCCCUCACUGUAGCUGCACAGCUGAAUGUGGUUCCACAUUGCAUAUGCAUGUUAAGCAAGAUCAUGAGAAAUCCAAGAUAUUUUGUUGUGAUUUUUGCGGUUUUCAGAGUGAUGCGGAAAAUCAGCGAAAUGCUGGUCUCCUUGGCAAGGCACACCUUCAAUGCCAAAAUCUUGCUGCAUGUGGAAGAUCUGUACAGAUACUGAAAAAAAACCCCUUUAAAAAUAAACAAUCAGCUUCAACAAAAGAGAAGAAUGUCAGAGCAAAACCUGGGACCAGUAAAUUAAGCUCAAGGAGUGCUAGUGCAAAAGAAUUAAGUGUUCCUAGUGCACCGGAAGGCUCAAAAGUAAGUUUGUCUGAACAAAAUGAUGGCACUGAAGGUGUUGAAAUGAUACCAUCUUCAAAUAUUUCCACUGAAAAAACAGAUACUUUGGCAGAAGAAAACUUGCUUUCGUCCACUGUAGAAGAAAAUCAUGAAGUCCAUACCAAAAAAAUAGAAAUACCGGAACCUUCAGAAAAUACCUGGCAGAAAACAGAACUCCCUUCAACUACCAAAAAGCUAGUGAGCAGGUUAAACAUGACUAGGAGAUUUAAUAGAGUGAAACAUAAAAGAAAUGUUUCAUUGUUAAGGUCUUCAUUUGGACAGAGUAGGUCUUUUAGAUUAAAACGACAAGUUAAAAGAAGGUACAGUUUGUUGGGUAAUAGUAAGAGAGGCAAGUUUGAAACUCGGAGAGUACACAUGAAGCAUAUCGCUAGUACACAGCUUAAACCUGGUGAUUCAAGCCCUAUGUCACAUACAGAAUUAGAAACAGAUGUUAAAAGUAAUUGUAAUACUACUUCAGAAAUUCAAGAUCUUACUGAAGAUAAUCCAAAUACUCUUUCUUCCAGCACUACAGUUAAUAAAGAUUCUGAUAGUAAACUUACUGCUGGUCAUGGUGAUCAUACUUGUAUUGAUUGUGGUCAUGUUUUUCACAACAGAAAAAGUCUGGAAAUUCAUACUGCAAGACUUCAUAGAAAAAGAAUCCAGUUUCAUUGUCAGAUGUGCAGUUAUUCCUCUGGAGUCAGGGAAGACAUAAAGCAACACUGUCAGGACAGUAAACACCAGAUGGGUGGUUGUAGCUUUAAUUGUCAUCUCUGUUCAUUUACCAGCUUGAAUGUAAUCAGCCUUCAAAGCCAUAUGAAUGAAGUGCAUAAUCUGUCCCAUAGUUGCCCAACUUGCAUUCUCUUUUUUCAAAUGGAAGAAGAACUGAUAAAUCAUCAAAAAAAUGAGAGACAUGAUGAUUCCUUAUUCCAGCAAGUUACUCCAUUGAGUAACAGUGAUCAGACCUUGCCAGUGGUAACCUCCACAGAUUCAGUAUCAAACAACUACAACCAAAGUCUUACAAAGGAAAUGGAAGUACCAGUGAAAGCAAAACCUACAGACUCUUCCUUUGUGAGUCAUAGAAAUGAACUAAAGCAUCCUGUUCUGAAUAAAACUCAAUUUCAGUGUAAGAAGUGUUUUUAUAAGACAAGAUCUUCCACUGUAUUUACAAGGCACAUAAAACUCCGACAUGCACAGGAGCAUCACUUCCUUUGCAAAGCAUGUAAUCUCUACUCACUAAGUAAGGAAGGAAUGGAGAAGCAUAUAAAAAGAAGCAAGCACCUUGAGAAUGCCAGGAAAAACAACAUUGGAUUACGUUUUGAAGAAUGUAUUGAAAAAGUUUGUGUUGGUGUUGGUGGUAUUAAAACAGUGGUGGAUUCCUCCAUUUCUGGGAGCGGGAAUACAGAGCUAGAUAAAGAAAUUAUACACAUUUCAUCUUCUUCUGUGGAAAACAUGUCGAGAAAUAAGGAUGUCAUUGCACUUGAUCAAAGGACUGGUGAAAACGAAUUGGUUUUAGCUAAUGCACCCAAAAGAGGGAAAGCCAAAGGUGCAGUUUCUAGGACAUGUAGCCAUUGUGGUCUUUUGGCCUCCAGUGUUACAAAUCUGACUGUUCACAUCAGACGAAAGCACAGUCAUCAGUACAGCUAUUUGUGCAAGGUUUGCAAUUAUUACACUGUAACCAAAGGAGAUAUGGAACGCCACUGUGCAACCAAAAAACACAAAAGUCGUGUUGAAAUAGAAGGACGUGGAAAACAGAACUCAGAUAUCAUUGUUAGCCCUGAAGGAGGUAAUUUUGAAUCCAUGAGCAAGAAGGUUAACAGCCCCAUGACUUCCUUGUAUGAACAUGUUGAAGAUGGUAGCCAGUCAUCAGAUUUGGAACAUUCUGUCUUAGACAAUCAGGAAACUGAGCAAGGAGAUGCUGAGCUAGAAGCUGUAAAUGCCAGUAGGCUGCCAGAUCUGGAGCAUACUAGCAAUCCAUUAAAUAUAAACCAGCGUGUGUUUCUGGAACCAGCUAGUGUUGCUCAAGAUGGUGACCCAUGCUUCCAGAGAAGAGAAAUGGGGGCAAAUGAUAACAAGUGUGGACACUGCAGCUUCAUUGCUCAUUCUGCUUCUUCUUUAGAGCUGCAUGUGAAACGAAAGCAUACAAAGCAAUUUGAAUAUUACUGCAUGGCUUGUGACUACUAUGCUGUUACUCGGAGAGAGAUGAUUAGGCACGCAGCAACAGAGAAACACAAAAGUAGAAGAGAAUCUUAUGUUUAUUCUUCUUCUGGGGAAGGAGGAAACACAGCAAAUAUCACUAAAGAAGGCACUGCUUUGUCUCAAGAGGAGCACCAUCACAGUGCAGGAGAAUCACAAAGUGGGUUAGGUGAAAGGAAAUGUACCAAUGACACAGCAGAAGGUGAUCACCUGAGUAAAAGCUUUACUGAGUGUUCUGUCUUAGAUGAAAAUGCAUCUCCAGGAAUAACUGAGGGUGGUGGUUCCCAAAAUGCAGUAGAAGGUAAACUUGAAGAGGAGCCUAAAAAUGGAGGACAAACCCUUUGUUUUGAAGGACUCCAGCAAACUCCUCAGAAAGAUAAAGCUGUAAAACUUGACAAAGAGAUAUCAGCUGAAGAAGCAGUUACUUGUGAGUUGCAGGAAAGUCAGGAGCUCCUCAGCUCAGGUGAUGAUUGCACUGCAGAAAAUCAAAACAGAUCAAGCAGCACAAACUUGAAUUUAGGAAAAGGUGAGCAAAGCUUGAUAGCAAAUGGAGAAAACCCAGAAGUAGAGUGUAGAAAAACUGACAUUCACAAAAAAAAUUCACUGGAAAAAAAUAAUCCACUUCUGCUAACUCUUCCAGAAACAAGUAGUGCAGUAGAGCAAUCAAAUUUUGCUGGAAACAUUGUAGAAACGACUCAGAAUAUACAGAGUUUAGAGGGUGACAGAAGUUUCAAAGAGAAUCCUACUGGGGAGGAGGAAGAAGCCCUUAUGGAAGCACAACAUGAAGUAGAAGUAACUAUAAAUAACAAGGUUUGGGAGGCAGAUGGCUCAACAGCUGAGGGCAUGCAAGAAAGUAGCAAUGAGACUUUAGGAACAGUUAUCAGUGCUGAUGGUACAGGAAAGGCAACGCAAAAUUUUGGCAAGUUUGAUUCUUCUAUAGUGAGAUUAAAAAGCCAUCAAGAUGGAGAGGCUGCAGACCAUUCUGAAGGACAGAUGUCAGAUGGAGUGAAAGCUAAUGAGCUCACAGCAAAAGCAGAACCCUCACCAAGUGGUGGGAAAAAGAAGAAGUCAGAAGUAAUUUCCCUUGGGGAAUCGACACGUAUCCGUUGUGAUGACUGUGGCUUCCUAGCAGAUGGUUUGAGCGGACUGAAUGUUCACAUAGCCAUGAAACAUCCUUCAAAAGAAAAACAUUUUCAUUGUUUACUCUGCGGAAAAUCAUUUUACACAGAGAGCAACCUUCACCAGCACUUGGCCAGUGCUGGGCACAUGCGAAACGAGCAGGCGAGCGUGGAGGAGCUGCCCGAGGGAGGGGCAACUUUUAAGUGUGUGAAGUGCACGGAGCCCUUUGAUUCGGAGCAGAGCUUGUUUCUCCACAUCAAAGAGCAACACGAAGAGCUUUUGCGGGAAGUGAAUAAGUACAUUGUGGAAGACACUGAGCAAAUAAACAGGGAGAGGGAAGAGAACCAAGGCAAUGUCUGCAAGUAUUGUGGGAAGAUGUGUAGAAGUAGCAAUUCCAUGGCCUUCCUAGCUCACAUCCGUACCCACACAGGAUCAAAGCCAUUCAAGUGCAAGAUAUGCCACUUUGCAACAGCUCAGCUUGGAGAUGCCAGAAACCAUGUCAAGAGGCACCUUGGGAUGAGGGAAUACAAGUGUCAUGUCUGUGGGGUGGCAUUUGUGAUGAAGAAACAUUUGAAUACUCAUUUACUGGGCAAGCAUGGAGUGGGCACACCCAAAGAAAGGAAAUUUACAUGUCACCUGUGUGACAGGAGCUUCACGGAGAAGUGGGCACUGAACAACCACAUGAAGCUGCACACGGGAGAGAAGCCCUUCAAGUGCACCUGGCCCACCUGCCAUUACUCCUUCCUCACGGCCUCCGCCAUGAAGGACCACUUUAGGACUCACACAGGCGAGAAGUCGUUCCUCUGUGACCUCUGUGGCUUUGCCGGCGGGACACGCCAUGCCCUCACCAAGCAUCGGCGGCAGCACACAGGAGAGAAACCAUUCAAAUGUGAUGAGUGUAACUUUGCUUCUACAACACAAUCACAUCUGACACGACAUAAGCGUGUCCAUACUGGAGAAAAGCCUUACAGAUGUCCCUGGUGUGACUACAGGUCUAACUGUGCUGAAAAUAUCCGAAAACACAUCUUACAUACAGGAAAGCAUGAAGGAGUAAAAAUGUAUAACUGCCCAAAGUGUGACUAUGGAACCAAUAUCCCUGUGGAGUUUCGGAACCACUUGAAAGAACUACACCCAGACAUAGAAAAUCCUGAUCUGGCAUACUUGCAUGCUGGCAUCGUGUCGAAGUCCUAUGAGUGCCGACUGAAGGAAGGAGCAACCUUUGUGGAACUACGAGUCCUUUCACUGCAGCAGCACUGGGGAGAGGUUUCUCCUGUAAAAGAGAAGGCCUUCCAGGGCAGCAGAAGACAGCUGCAGUCACCUGAAGAAGUCCAGCAAGUUAUUAUUAUUCAAGGAUACGAUGGUGACUUUGCAAUUGAUGCCUCUGUGGAAGAAACAGCAGCAGCCACCCUGCAGACUCUAGCAAUGGCUGGUCAGAUGGCCAGGGUGGUCCAUAUUACAGAAGAUGGGCAAGUCAUAGCUACAAAUCAAAAUGGGUCACACGUGAGCAGCAUGGUUCCAGGGCAGAUACUUACUGAGCAGUUAGCAGAUGGUGCAACACAGGUGGUAGUGGUUGAAGGAACAGGAACUGAUAUGGAGGAGGCCCUACAAAUCGAUGCAGUUCCUGACUCUGGAAGCACUGUACUGCAGCAGAUAGUGCAACAAGAAGUUCCAGAUUCUUCUGAAGCUACAGUCCACCCUCCAGACUCCUCCUCAGCACUAGAUGCCCUGCUUUGGGCUGUAACAGAGCUGGGUGAAGUGGAGAACAAAUCUGGACUCCUUGAGAGAUGCAGGUCUACCCACAAAGAUUUCCUGCAAGUGCCAAAUGCAGAGAUGGCCAACAUUCCCACUGAUGCAGAAGGACAAGAAAUACAAAAUGUUCCACGAAGUUCAGAGACUCGGGAAGAUACCAAACCUAUGGAAGUAGUGACACAUGUCAUGCACCCCUCGGCUAUAAUUGCAUCUCAGGAGAGAGCUCAGGCUGCUUCAAGAAAGAUGGUCCAAGGAGUAUUUCUUGCUGUAUGUGAUACAGCUGCAGACCAGCUGAUGAAAGAAGGUGUCACUCAGGUCAUUGUAAAUGAGGAAGGGACUGUGCAUAUGGUAGCCAGAGAAGGUUCUCAGAUAAUCAUGCAGGAAGCUGGUAGCCACACACUCAGUGUCCAGAGUGAACACAUGGAUUUAGUUGAGUCAGAUGGGCAAAUAUCACAGAUUAUUGUCACAGAAGAAAUAGCUCAAGCCAUGGCUCAGGGUUCUGAUGGUGACUUCUCUGAAGGUGCAACCCACUACAUCGUCACAGAGCUGCCACCAGGCAUUCAGGAUGAGCCUGGUGUGUACUCACACGCUGUGAUAGAGACAGCUGGGUCUCCAGAAAUUUUGCCAGCUGCUACUGCUAUAAAAGCAGAAUCUAUAUCUACUGAUAGAGCAGGAGAACAGUUAACAAGCAUGGUCAUUUAUACUGAGGGUGGCUCACAAGUAAUUCAGGGCCAAAGAGAUGAUAAUGAAGUGCAAGAAGCAUGAGGAGCUUCAUCUCCCUAGGCUUGAUGCAGGGCAAAGCUGGAAAUUACCAGCCCCAUGGAGGCACUGUAUUCCUGGAAUGUUUUUCAGUGAAAACCUUCUCAAUAGAACAGCCUCCCAGCCAAGUAACAAGUGCAUACCCUGUGGGAGGUGACCAUCAGCUACUAGGAGGAGUUCACUGAAAAGGGUAUUACAAACUGGUUACAACUGCGCUAAGAAUUAUUAUAGGGGAUUAUUAUAAACCAAACAUAUUAGGGUACAAAAGAGGAUAAAAAGCACCCCCUCAAAAAGUAAUUUUCUUUUUUGUUUUUUAUAUUUCAUGUCACAGGGUAGUUCCCUGCCUUCUGUCAUUUUUUCUAACAUAAUCACAGGAGUAAAAUAAUUCCACUUAUGUGUACGCUUUGUGAACAGAUAAAUCAGCAAAAAAAAAAAAAAAAAAACAAACCCCGAAAUAGUAAGGCGAUCAGGUAAGCUUACAUAUUGUAAUUGGUGCCCUUCUAUAUUUUAAAGAAGAACAGGUGGCAUUCGUUUUCUAGAACCUUACUUAAAUAUAUCCUUGGCUGAAAAUCUGUCAUCGAAAUAAGUUGGGUGUUUUUGCACCCACAAUCAAAUUUUUCAGAGUAACUUAGUCUUUUAUGGUAUCGCAUAGGAUUUUACCUAAAGAGCAUCUCAAUAAAGCUACACUUCAUAAAAGUCUUGAUUAUACCUAUUCAGAAAGAAGAACUUGCUGCCUGUAACUUCCACUUAAUUUUAGAUGGGAGCCCUACAUAAGAAAUGUGCAUUUUGGGGGAAAAAAAUAUAUUGUCACUGUCAGUGUUUUGUUUCUUUUUUUCUUAUAGAUAGUGCUUCAUAUAAAAUUAUUAUUUUGCAGUUCAUGUUGUGAGCAACUUCUGAAACAUUAUGGGGGUUUUUAAAGAAAAUUCUGACAUUGACUUUAACACGUAGAAAAAAAAAGGUGACCUUGUAUUUCUUGCUUAGUCCAGAAUGUCAGUUAUUUACUUGUGGAUAUACAGCAAUUGUUCAAUGCAAGUUCAUGUUGAAAAGAUCUGUUUCAUGAUACAAC